UUUUUCCAAUUUUUCAUUGCAGGACAAAACGGUUUAAGAUUAAGAAAACAAAAUGUCGAAUUGGCUGUGAAUGUACAACCAAAAGAUUUUUGAUCAAGUUCCUCUUAAAAGUUUAAGAGAUUAGUAGCAAUUUUUUGAUAAUCGGAAAAGAAUAGCGCUUGUGGGAGGAAAAGUACAUAUAAGACCUAGCAGAUUGCUGCCAAACGCUUAAGCUGUAGCUCAUUGGUAGAUUAGUAGCAAUUGAUGGCAUCAAUUAAUGUCUCAGGCUAUGAAGAUAUAUACACAGAUUUGCACGAACCAACUUUUAUUAUUGGAGGGUGUUUCGCUAUUGUAGCAGUAAUCCUCUCCAUUUUCCUUAUAUUUCAGCAUCUCAGAUCAUACACUAAUCCUCCGGAACAAAAAUGGAUCGUAGCAGUUCUUUUCAUGGUCCCGGUCUAUGCUACCGAGUCAGUAAUUUCAUUAUGGAAUCACAAAAUGUCACUUGUGUGCGACAUUCUAAGAAAUUGCUAUGAAGCAUUUGCGUUGUAUGCAUUCGGUAGCUUUUUGGUUGCUUGUCUGGGUGGAGAAAAGAGAGUAAUAGAACUUUUAGACAAUGAAGCUGAUAGACGGCUUAAUCAGACAUUGCUGGAAGGUUCGGACGAGAGUCGAGCUGUACGUCGAAGGUCAUUUAUCAACUUUUUCUGGCGGCCAUACCUUAUUGGAAAGGAUGUCUUUACAAUUGUAAAAUUUGGUCUUGUACAAUAUAUGAUUCUCAAGACAUUUUGUGCAUUCUUGGCAUUCUUGUUGGAGCUCUUUGGUAUCUACGGUGAUGGAGAAUUCAACUGGCACUAUGGGUAUCCAUACAUGGCGGUAGUACUGAACUUUAGUCAGAUGUGGGCGUUAUAUUGUCUUGUUCAAUUCUAUAAUGUAAUGCACGAAAGACUCAAACCAAUAAAGCCUCUUGCAAAGUUUAUCAGCUUCAAGGCAAUUGUGUUCGCUACAUGGUGGCAAGGCGUAGGUAUCGCACUUCUAUGUGCUUUUCGCAUCCUGCCCAAUGGGGAAAAGUUCAGGACUGGCUUGCAAGAUUUUCUGAUUUGCAUAGAAAUGUCCAUUGCGGCUGUUGCCCACAUAUUUGUAUUUUCGGCGGAACCAUAUCAUUACGUUCCGGCUGCUACUUAUGGAAGGGUCACUACUGAAACAGCCAAAGUAGAUAUGAAGGCGGAAGAAGCUGAUAAGAGCAAACCUGUCAUUCUUGAAAAGACACAAGCUCAGGUUGAGGCUCCAGGAACAAGCGUCACUGAGAGUGUUCAGGACAUUGUUCUUCAAGGUGGCCAUUGUGUUGUGAAAGACGUUGUAUUGACCAUAAAUCAAGCAAUAGGACCUGUAGAGAAGGGUGUAACAAAGAUCCAGGAAACAUUUCACUGGAGACCAAGGAAUUCAGACGACAACGAAGACUCUGAGAUAAAAGUGUAACAAAAAAAUCGAUGAGAAAUGAUAAGAACAUCACAGCAAGGGGACCGAGAUGAAUAAGAAGUGUUGGUUAUUGUACAGAUUAGCUAUUUAGCAGCAUAAUGAAUUAUGAGAAUGUUUUCAAUCAUCUAUUAUAUACGGUAUAACGCAUAUACAUUGUUGUAUUAAGGUAUCUGCUGUCAAUCACCACCGCAACAGCACAGAGAACAGCACUCUAGGCAGCCAAAACAUGCAAGAGCAGUGAAAAGCUGUGUUAAUACAAUUGCGCAUUGAUCAUUCAUCCUGGAGCAACACUGGACGCAGCACAUACAGCAGCAAUGGUCGCACAUUCUUCCACAGCAAUUUAAAGUUGCCUUAAUCAUGAUUUCAGCAGCUUCAGGUAACUUUUGUUCUUCAGCCCCAGGAGGCCUGUUUUCUGCUGUUGCGCCCAAAUUGCCAAAGCCAACUCCUAAGUUUUGGAGUAAUAUUCUUCUCUGCCCUUUUGUUGGAGAAUCAGUUUUGUGGACUAACUGUUUAAGAGGAAUUUGAAAGAAACAAUAAGAUCACAGAUUUUGUUUUCAGGGAGGGAAAAAGGAAGGACAGUUUUUCUUUAAUGUUUCUGUUUUCGUAUCGACGUAAUGCUGCCAAUGUACAAGUACUUACUUUAUGAGCUGUAGGUGAUUCUAUGGCUUCAUUUCCUCUGUCCAUAUCAAUGAAUGUUAAACGAGUAUAUUCCGACACGAUUCCAGUUUGUAUGCUCAUUUUGGCAACCUAGAGAAAGAGUAAACGGCAUCAGCAACUUUUGGUGUUAAUGAAAUAUAAACUUUUAUUAA